UUAAUUUUUUUUGUCAAACUUGCUUUUAAAAAUUUUUUCUUUAUAAGAGUUUUUACUCAAACUUGCUUUUAAUCUUUUUUUCUUUAUAAGAGCUUUUUCUGAAACUUUUUCUGAAACUUUUUUAUACAUUUAGGCGAACAACGAAUCAUAAACGUCCUUCGACGUGUCCUCCCAGAAAACCUGCGGCACGUCCCGACCAUGACCCAAGUCAGCAGGGGGCCACCUAACAUACCUGCAGAUUAUGUAAAACGAACUUAUGGCCCUUACACAAUAGGGUAUAAAUUCCAUAAUAAUUUGUUAAGUGUUUGGUUUUUCUACUAAAUAAAUAAAUAAAUAAAUAAAUAAAUAAUGAAUCAUCAACCUGUUUUUUAUUUGUCUUUUUCAUUUUUUUAAUUACAUAUGAACAAUAUAAGGUAAGAUAAUUCAGUUGCAUGUGAGUUUUCAAUCAAACAACAUGUGUGUUCUUAUUUUAUAUCUAUUGAUUUCAACAUCGAUUGUUACUGCUGAUAACAUGAAUAAUAGUGCAAGUGAUGAACAAGAUGUUGUUAACUUUUUAUCUAAAUAUGGGUAUUUGAAACCUCUAAACAACGACAUCAAUUCAAACAAUUCUAUCAGAUAUAAAGAAAAUUAUAAUGAAGCCUUAUUUAAUUUUCAAGAGUUUUACAAUCUACCUGCAACAGGUGAAAUUAAUCAAGAAACUCUGAAAUUAAUUAAACAAUCACGUUGUGGAUUGCCUGAUGCUGUUUUAUCAGAUUAUACAUUACAUCCAAAGAAGUGGUCUCAUUUUAAUAUAACGUGGCGUGCACAUGUGGGUGAUAGUCAUAUUAAAUCUUUAGUACGAAAAGCUUUUUCAAUUUGGGAAGAAUUUACAAACCUAAAAUUUACUGAAACUCCUCGUAACAGAUAUCCUAAUAUCUUUAUAGCUUUUACAGCAAGAAAACAUAAAUAUUUUAUUCAUCAACGUGAAUGUUCAUCUGAUUUCGAUGGACCUGGAAACGUUCUUGCUCAUGCAGAUUUCCCUAAUGAUAUAAACGUUACGGAAAUUCAUAUCGAUAAUGCAGAAAGUUGGUCUUAUUCAACAACUGUAGAUGCAUCAUAUUCGGAUUCACCUAGUUUAUUAAAUGUUAUAAUUCAUGAAUUAGGACAUACGUUAGGAUUAGAACACUCCUCUGUUAAUACAUCAAUAAUGUACUCUUUUUAUUCAAAUUCAAGGUCUAAAUUAGACCAAGAUGAUAUUUGGGCAAUACAGAACUUGUAUGGUAUUAAAUCAAAACAAAAACCCACUUUUAACGUUUCCACAACAACAACGCAAAAAUCCCUACUAACUACAUCAACCCCUAAAAAUGUAACUGUUCUUCCAAAAGAUAACAACAACAACAAAUUUCCAGACUUAUGUAGUUUACAAACAAUAGAUAAAUUUCUAAUAGUUAAAACACAUUUAUACAUCUUUUAUAAAAAAAAUUACAGCAAUUUAUCAUAA